AUUACAAUUGUGCAGUCACUUUGCAUUCACACAUAAAGCACUCAAUUAUUAAUGCAAUUAUUUUAAAUGUAAAAUUCAUACAAGUUUUACAGUUAUAUUGUGUGUACGUAACUUAACCCCGGAAAUGCCUAACCCAUUGGACAUCCGGCACCGGAACCUCAAGCGUUCACUAGUGGCCUGUUGUGUGGUGGCCCUCAUAUCGGCGGUCAUCAUACUGUCCCUAAACAUGGUUGUCAUCAACAACUAUAGAUACUAUGACAGCUAUUACAACUCCGUGAGAACAAUGACUGCGAUCGUGAUAACCGAGGGUGUGAUCAGUAUAUUACUGCAGUUCAUGGGCAUAGCCGGCGCCCAUAAGGAGCACUACGGCAUGUGCCUCACCUACGCUGUAAUAUCAUCAAUACUGGGAGGCCUGUGCUUUGCAAACGCCAUAAUCUAUGGUUAUGGCGGGAACUGGUGGUUAGCGGUGCUGUACUUCACAUGCGGGUGUGUUGGCUCCUAUUUUGCUAAAGAUAUCAAACGGCUUAAGACACAGGCGCUCAACACCACUGUCUAUAUGAAUGGUGUGUCCGGUCAACAGAAUGUCGUAUACCACGUGCCACCUCCGGGACAGUUAGGUCCCGUAUAUGGUGUGAACACUCAGCAAAUGGCACCCAACGGUCAGAUGUAUAUGACGACCACAUUCUCAUCCUAUCAGCCACCACAACAGCCCUUACCGUUUGCUACAUACCCGGCACCGGUAGGUGCUGGUGGUGGAGGGGCACAGUAUUCUGAGCCGCCUGUCCUACCGCCCAGUUAUACUGAGUCGGCUACUAGUAGUCAGCCCAAUAUGCAAGCAUUCGGUGCACCUGACCCUAAUACUAAUUUAGGUCCAGGUACUGGUCAAAAGCCAGAGCCACCGGCACCUGGAUGGCAACCGUUGUCAUAA